AUGCCUUCCCCCAAACCCACCCUAGUCCUAGUCCCAGGCUCUUUUGCCCUCCCCGAAUUCUACGCCAACGUCGUCUCCGCAGUCAAAAGCGCAGGCUACGACAUCCACAUGAUCCACAACCUCAGCACCGGUCUCGCCGCAAACGAGGGCCGACCAGAAGGUCCCCACAGCAUGUACGAAGACGCAGCCCAGAUCGCGGAAACCAUCUCCAAGCUAAGCGAUGAGGGGAAAGACAUCGUUCUCUUUGCGCACUCCUAUGGCGGUGUACCUGCGACCCAGUCUCUGAAGGGGUUGAGCAAGGAAGCCAGAGAAAAGGAAGGCAAGAAAGGCGGCGUGGUGAGAAUCGCGUAUAUGACGUGUAUCGUACCUGCAGUAGGCGCGACCGCAGCGCUGGGUGAAGUUCCUGAGGAGACGAGGAUGGGUAUCGACGGGUAUGGGCUCGAGAUCGACGAGCAAGGCUGGAUGCACCACUCGGACCUCGCCCGCUCCGCACGCAUCUGCUACUCCGACCUCCCACCAGAACAAGGCCAAGCGUGGAUGGCCAGGUUCCCUGCUCACGCCGCCAUUAGUUUCGGACAAGAACUAACAUAUGCCGGGUACAACGAUGUCCACGUCUCGUGGCUCCUGUGCGAGAAGGAUCUCUGCAUACCAGAGUAUGUUCAGCGCGAGGCGGUUGCGAGAAUCGAGAAGAGCAGUGGGAGGAAGGUCGAUGUUACUAGCAUUGAUGCUGAUCAUAUUCCGGUCGCACCGGAGAAUCCAAAGGAAGGGGAAGCGAUCAACUGGUUUUUGGAGACGGCGGCCAAGGCUUGA